UUUUACGGUUUGCUUAAAAAUCCCUUUCUGGUUGUAAAAUUGGUUCAAGCCGCCGUUCUGAGCCAAAGCAGCCUCGUGAACGCGCCACAAGCCCGGAGUCCUGCGCUCUGGAGUCUCCAUAAAAGUUGGUGCGCACGGAGCGGAGCUGUCAGUCUGCUUUAAGACGCGGAGGAGAACCCACCCUACCGGGGAGACGGACCAGGAGAAUGGAGUGAUCCACCUGGAUUUGAAAACGCCGUUUUGAGGCACCUGCUUGGUGUUGCUCCUCAACAAGAGGCGGAUAAACCAUCCGAGAGGUUUGACUGAGUGGACUAACGGACUCUUCUCCAUCCUGGAUGAUAUGUUCCUCUUCUAAAACAAAUGGUUUGGAGUCAAAAGCUUAUUUGAUUUAACCUGAAAGAGUUUUUUUCAAUAUAAAAAAGAAGAAAAGGGCACCGCUGCUGUUUCCGCCCGAGCUGGAGGCAAAUGUCUCCACAGCGAAGACGCGCAGCUGGAUUGUAGCAGCAGCCGCCCCGCAGAUGGUUUAAACGGGCGUCAAGGUGCGGGAAGGGAGUGGGAAUAUUACAGGAUGAGUGAGCGAUACACGCAGAUCAGAAGCAACGGGGCUCUACUUGUUAUGGUACUUGUGAUCGGUGUCUUGAAGCUGUCCGCACCAACAGAAGGAAUGACAGCAGCAUACCAAGUCCGUACAGGCACCUGCGAGGUGGUGGCGCUGCACCGCUGCUGCAACAAGAACAAGAUCGAGGAACGGUCACAAACUGUGAAGUGCUCCUGCUUUCCUGGGCAAGUGGCCGGCACCACCAGAGCUGCCCCAUCAUGCGUAGAUGCCUCAAUAGUGGAGCAGAAGUGGUGGUGCCAGAUGCAUCCGUGCCUUGACGGGGAGGAAUGCAAAGUUCUUCCUGAUCUGAAGGGCUGGAGCUGUGCGACAGGAAACAAGAUCAAAACCACAAAGAUUUCUGCAGACAGAGACCAGCUUUGGUAACUCCACGACAAACCCCAGGCAGCUUGGAGCAGCAGGAGCUCACGCUUUUCUUCCUCACCUCUGCUGAGCUUUUAGAAAAACAGCCUACAUAAUGCUGGAACCUCCAGCUAUACUCACCUCCGUGGCUCAGUCACACACACCGAGAAUUGAAAAUGUAAAGCUAAGCUGUGACUGGCUAUUAGAAAGCCCAGGGGCACAGUCAAAGGGAUGAACAGAACUCGUGCAAAGAAUUUAGUAAAUUCGACGGCUGAAAUGGAAACAAGACGACUAAACUGUUUCUUUUAUAUGGAUAAAUACUGGAAUCCUCAAAGAGGACAUCAGGAGCCCGCUGUGUUCUGCUUUAUACGAGAGGGACAACAGAAUAAAAACUCUAAUGCCUGCUAGCGCUGUGUUGUGUGUUCAGAACACAGCUUUUCAUUAUGCUGUUUGCACUUGUAUCAUCAUUUUACAUCCUCCAGUCCUGGCUCAUCCUUCAGCUGUAGAGUGAAACAGAUAAGAGUCUUUGGCAGUUUGAGGAGAAUCAGGUUUCAAGACGAGCUUUAUGUCUUAGAAUUUAGCUAGUGAGGAUUUUAACAAUCAUUGAUGACUCGAUUACAAAACACACUGCUCAAAAAAAUAAAUACUUGAAGGGAACGCUUAAACCAAGCAAUGCAACUCCAAGUCACUCGCACUUGUGUGAAAUCAAACUGGUCAUGUAGGAAAGAACACUGGUUAACAAUUAAUUUAAUCUACCGGUGUGCAAAAGGAAUAGACAAGAGGUGGAAAGCAUGCACAGGCGUUGUAGGGAGGUCACACACACUACCGAGCCUCAUUCUGACUUGUUUUAAGGAUGUUGCACCAAAGUUGGAUCAGCUUGCAGUUUUUCACUUUCAUCUUGAGAGUCACUCCAAAUCCAGACCUCCAUGGAUUGAUACAUUUGAUUUCCAUUGAUAAUUUCUGUGUGAUUAUGUUGUUGGCGCAUUCAACCAUGUAAAGGUCAAAGAAUUAAAUAAAAAUUUUCAUUCAGAUCUAGGAUGUCUUAUUUUUGUGUUCCCUUUAUUUUUUUUAGUAGUGUAUUACUAAGUAUGUUUGCAUUGUGCGCAUGUUAUUUUCUUCAUCAACGCAACUCUGAAUGAAUGAAUGAAUGAAUGAACGAACGAAUGCAUGAAAAAACGAAUGAAUGAACGAAUGAACGAAAGUAAGCCCAGCUGUAAUAUGUUCAUAGUAGGUACCACACCACGAGUUUAUGACAUUCAGGACUAAUGCCCAUACAUUCAUAGCAUCUUCUGCAUUAUGUUAUGUAUUUAUUUUUUUUAUAUUAUGAAACAAUAACAGUUGUAAAAAUAUAAAAUCAUUUCAUGUAAUGUGAAUUUUGGAAAUUGUAGCUGUUCUCAUAAAAUAAACUUAAAAACAAAGAUA